GUUACGCCGAACGUCGCCGGGUUGCGUACACUCGCACGUUCUUCUCACGCGUUAUCCCGCGAAAAUACAAAAAUAACCACCAAAAACACGCAUCGAAAAAAGGUAAAUAAACACGUUUACAACACAAGUAAAGUGAUUGUUUCUCCUAAAUAAAUCAAUGUGCAGUGUUGCAGUGUAAAAUUUAAAUCAAACAUUUAUAAACAGAAUUUAUAAUUAUAAUAACUUUGGUGUUGAAAAGUAAGUACAAAUGUGUUAAAGUGAUAGUGACAAGUAAAGAUCAACGAUGAAUUAUUCGUGCAGUAAGAUGUUUGGAAAACUAAUCGUGUUUGCUGAACAAAAAUAAAAACGAGAAAAAAUCACGUUAACUUUACUGUAACUCUCGCGGUGGUUUUCACUCGUUCGCUAUUCCAUCGUUUGUUGUUGUGGGGCGUUGUUUUUUUUGCAUUUGCGGUGUGAAGAGUGAAAAAGGCGCUUUCGGGCGUCGCAAACUUUGCGAAUAAUGUCCGAACAGACUUUUAACAAGAUGAAGAUUAACGCUGCGCGUAACAAAAGUUGCCUAAACCGCAGCAGCGGCAACUGUAGUUACAAAAACGCUCGCCAGGAUUUCAGUGCUUCGUCAGUGCAAAUGUUGAAAAUGUUUAUGCUGGUGCUGGUGUUUUGUGCAUCAUGUGCACACGGAAAAAUCGAGGAUGAACCUGCAAGUGCAGUGUUUGAAGUGGAAGCUGUGCAGGGUAACGUUGCCAAAAUGCCUUGCGACAUCACACCGUCUCUGCCCGGAGACAAGAUGCACAUUGCCAUCUGGUUCAAAGAGGGUACCGGACGCAAGACGCCCAUAUAUUCGUAUGACGCAAGAGAUAAACCUCUAGAGCAAGGAAAACACUGGUCUGAUGAGCAAGUCUUGGGCGGGAGAGGAUUCUUUCGGUAUCAGGACCAUCCGGCUAAGUUGACCUUGGAUAGUGUGAAGGAUUCCGACUCGGGGGUGUACAACUGUCGCGUGGAUUUCAAACAAACGCCGACGAGGAUUGUCAAGGUCAAUCUGACAGUUAUAAUCCCGCCGGAAACGAUAAAGAUCGUCGAGCAUGGCGAGCAGAACGUGAAGAACUACAUCCUUGGCCCGUACAACGAGGGCGCCUCUAUUAAUAUCACUUGCGUCGCCAUCGGAGGUCGGCCACCUCCAAAGGUCACCUGGUGGCAGGAAAAUGCACUCCUGGACGACUCAUUUGAAUAUCUCUCCGAGCGUCGUGUGCGCAAUGUGUUGCACAUCGAUAAACUCCAAAGAAAACACCUACAUACCGUGCUGACAUGUCAAGCCUCCAACAACAAUCUGGUCGCCCCGAAAUCCAGUUCAAUCAGCCUGGAUCUAAACUUGCGUCCACUCUGGGUGAAAUUGAUUGGGGACAAUCGGCCGCUCUCCGCUGGACACACGUAUGAGUUGAGCUGUGAGGUGGUGGGCGCCCGCCCCACGCCGACGAUCACAUGGUGGAAGGGCAGCGUCGAGAUGAAAGAUACGCGCAUAAUGACGAGUCCGGACAGCAACACGACCACCAGUGUGCUGACGUUCGUGCCCUCGGUGGACGACGGCGGCAAAUAUUUGUCCUGUCGUGGUCAGCUGCAGGAGAUACCCGACAGUGGCAUCGAGGAUGGCUGGAAACUCGAUAUACAUCAUGUUCCACUAGUGACCCUCGAGCUGGGUAGUAAUUUAAAUGGUAGCGUCAUUCGUGAGGGAGCUGAUGUUUACUUCGAGUGCAACAUCAAGUCUAAUCCGUGGGUUUACAAAGUCAGCUGGAGGCAUAAUGGUAAAACUUUGUUUAGUAACGCCCAAGCAGGGACAAUUGUCAGCAAUCAAAGUUUGGUUCUUCAAUCGGUGACCAGAGCACGUGCGGGGACCUAUACCUGCAUUGGGAGCAACCAGGAAGGAGAUGGAGAAAGCAACACUGUGGAUCUGAACGUCAAAUACGCGCCGGUGUGUAGACCUGGUCAGCAGAAGGUGUACGGGGCGGCGCGCCAGGAGAUCGUUCGCAUCACGUGCGAGCUGGAGGCGAAUCCCACCGACGUGCAAUUCAUCUGGAAGUUCAACAACAGCGCCGAGACCAUCGACAUACCGGCGAGUCACGUCGCCACCGAAAAGACACGCAGUACUGCUGCUUACACCCCUAUGACCGAACUGGACUAUGGGACUUUGCUGUGUUGGGGAAAGAAUGAAAUAGGCGUGCAGAAGGAUCCUUGUGUUUUCUAUAUAAAUCCAGCAGGCAAGCCGGACGCGCUUUCCAACUGCACCAUCCUUAAUCAGACCGUCGAGUCGUUGCACGUCGAGUGCAUCGAGGGCUUCGAUGGCGGCCUCCAGCAGGAGUUCGUGAUGGAGGUGUACGACACGCAGUCGGGCAAGCUGGUCAGCAACGUCACCUCACGCACGCCGUACUUCAGUGUCGCGGGGUUGGAGUCCGGCUCUGGGUUUGACAUACAGGUCUACGCUGGGAACGUUAAGGGACGCAGUAGGGUGACACGAUUACACGCUUUCACGGCCAAAUCGGCGGAAAAACAUACCGAUAAGCAAAGUCCCAGUAAGCCGAUACCUCCAGAAAAUUGUAAGCUGUACGAACAGACGCAGUAUUACCUGCAAAUCAAGUGCCAGGCAUCGCAAAUUCCUAAAAAUUCUGGUUGGACAUACCUUCUACACGUGUACGAUGCCAACAGUAGAGUCCUACUAGGAACGGCCACAUCCGGAACACCAGAAACAAUUACAAUAUCCUCACUACCAAAAGAACAUGAUGGCCUUCUACUGUUUAUUCGUACCAUGGCGUCCAAAACAUCUGUUAGUGAAGCAACCAUUUUAUACGCGCCCGCAUCGAAUGCACGUGGCACCUUUGGUGGUUUUUUUGCAGCCUACACACCCGUCUUUCUUCAUAUCACGCCCAUCUUGGGCGCGUUGAUUGGAAUCGUUGGCGCGUUGAUCCUUGUUGCAAUUAUUAUCGUCAUUGUAAUCCGGAUGCGCGGUGGCGGAGAUCGUGAUGACAAGGAUUACGACGACGGAGGAUUGUCAUCGGCUGGUAGGCGCUGUGUUGCCGGCGGGGGCGACAAGGCCAGCACCGAGCCGCUCAACAAGGACCUAAACGACAGCGUGGAUAGCCUGGAGGAGAAGAAUCCCGACAUCAUUCCGCAGAGCAACGGCGAGGACGAUUACCAAGCAGACGAGCGAGCCUUCCAGCGAUUAAAUAACUCAUCAAUGCGGGUGUACAGUCGAAUGCAAAGUCCUAAUCCUAAAAUGAAGAAUGGACCUUAUGAUUACUCCAAAACGAAGGACGAAAUCACUUACGCUGAAUUAUCUUUGCCGAAUCAACAGAUGCCGCACGUCAUCUACAACCAGCAGGCGAUUCCUAUGUCGGUGAUUCGCCGGCAGGAACCAACGUUGUACGCGCAGAUCGACAUUGGAAAGCGGAUGCCUCCGUGCAUGCAACCGCUUAGUCCCCCGCAUCCGUCCACCUUCCAGGGCAUGCAACACCUACCGACAUACAUGCCGCGUGCGAUUCGUGAUGAUACGCACAUACACGACGGCGGAAUGAGCGCCGAGACGCCUCUAAUACAUCCUAGGGACACGUCGUCUCUGCAACCGCUGCUGGAGUCGACGAGGAAUACACCGAUGAUCACUUCGACGUUACCACGCGUUGUGACCGCGACGCGCUUCUGACCAAGCCAGCACGAGUUCCACUAAGUUGUUUCAAGACUGCCGUUAUACACAGGACGCAUAGAUUCAAGAUGGCCUCGCCGCGCCAUUUUGUGUCAUGCAUUCGUGUGUUUUAACAAUCAAAAGUCACGAUUUUAUAAGAUGUGCACGUGAUUUCACUACUUUAAUACUAUGUGGCAAUCAUACUCAGCAUGGUGGGCAAAUUUGACGUUUUUUCUAUAAAUAACAUUAAUACGAGACGAAUUAUGCAGUUGAAGACGUACAAUCCGAAUUUGUUUCUUUCAAUUAACACAUUGAGUCUAAAAACAUAGUGAAUUCAUUAUUAUACUCAUGAUUGAGCAACGAUUGAUUGAAAAGAAUUAUUCAAUUGUUGAAAUAUGAUAUUAAAAUUAAUAUAUAAAACAAAAUAGACACUCAUUUAUAAUACGAAUAUUUUCAUUAGAGUUCUACUUAAUUUCAAAUUAUUACAUAUAUGUAUUAUAUAUGAAGAUGAACUAAAUAUAAAUUAAGUAAAAUUACUUAAUUCAUAAAAUAUAGUGUAAGAUACAUUUAUAAAUUGUGUGAUAUUAUUUGUAAAGCUGCGGGGGCAAACGAUUUCAUAUUACAAUUGUAAACAUGGCAAGAAACAUUGAUAAUAAUGUUAUAAUGUUAUAGCAAUGUUUCUUUCUGGCAUUCUAUAGAAAAAAAUUGUUGGUUGGUCAAAUUAUUGAUGCAUAUGUUAACAUAUAUUAUUUAUAUACAUAGUUUGUAGAUGAAUUAGAGUUUAAGACUAUACCUUUGUAUUUUUGGUAUUGCAAUUGCAAAACAAUCGACAUUAUGUAUUGUUUUGUUAUAGUAGAAACUAAUUUAUUAUAUUACUUAGUUGACUGCCGCGACAGAUGAUUAUAAUUGGAUUGCCGUCCAAUAUGAAAUGAAAAUUUCUGAGAAUUCUGUGCAACAGAAAUCAAGAUCAACAUACAAUGUAAAGAUACAAUGAUUACGAUAAUUUAUUCACAUUAUUACCAUCUACUCUUAGUAAUCAGCAAUGUAAGUAAUUAUUCUAACGUUCUGAUACGGCGAUUAGAUGAUGAAAUUAGAGAAGAGGACAAUUUGUAAACAAAUGCGGAUAAUUAAAUUAAGAAGUAAGGGAUACCGAUAUGACUCAGUUACGAGAUAAAAACGGAUGUAAAUAUGUACAUAUUUUGCUCAAGCAGUAAACACAUAAAUAAUAAUUCGAGAAGUUUUGACAGUGUGAAUGUUUUCACGCGCUGUGAGGAAGUGUAAAAAAUUUUAUUGUAAUUUAUAAUGUACUCUCUUGUACUCUGUACUGGUACUGGUAGUUGAUUUGACUUUUUAUAAGCGCGUAACACGAUUACGAUUAUAAUUGCGUGUCAUGACAGCAUUCAUUACACGCGCACUGAUUACUUCUAAGGUCUUGCACGAAUCAAAUGCAAGACCUUAAAAUUGCGUGACUUGUGAUUCGAUGAUGUUCAUUGGUGUUCAUUGAUGUUCAACUGCCAUUCAAGGAUUAAGUACACGUUCAAGAUCUGUAAAUGUUAAUCAUUCAUUCGAUCACUUCACCAAUAUACUGAUUAAGAAUUGGCCAUAUUAAAUUAUAUGUUGUGCGCUUUAAUUUGUUUUUUAAGUUGAUCAUAAUCAUCCAUCGACAAUAAUAUAUAAAACAUGUAAAGUGAAACGAUUCUUUCGAGUUUUCAAGUGGCCUUCAUGAAUGAAAUGAAAGUGGAUUACGUUUAAUUUUAUUUUAGGCCGCAGUGUCACAAAAGACGUACAGCGGGCGUACAGUUAUGAUUUAUGAUAUUUGUAACAUGGAUUUUAUUACUAACUAAGAUUUUUUGAUUAUGUAGAUGGUUUAUUAUGAAAUUUAUGAUUGUAACAUAAAAAUGUCAUUAUAUUUAACGCAUGAGUAAUAAUUGAAGAACAAUUUAAGAAAAGAAUAUUAUACAGACGCGAGUGGACAAGACGACGAAACAACAAACAUGAAUUUGUAAAUAAUAUUAUGUGUUAUAUCAUGUAUAUGUAAUUCAUAAAAUUGUCUAUUUAAAAAAUAAUAGAAAAAUCUAAAUUCAA